AUGUAUAUUCAGGUGCUAAUAUGCGGACACAGGUUCUUGGAGGUCUUAUUGUAUGCUCUGGAUGCCGAUAGGCCUGUCUUCCCCCAUCCAGGCUCCGGUCCUGCUAACACUUCACAUCAGGCGCUUGUUCUCGUGUACGGCACAUGUGUCCAUAUAUACAACAGCUGGAGGAUAAAAAAGAUUGGAGCAGCAGAGAAACUUAAGAAAGCGGAGGAAGAAGCGACUAUUGGAACAAAGGAUCUCAACCUCAUACCCUUUGGAUCUCGUGCUCUGGAGAGUGGAAUUGAGAUUGAAGGUAUCUGGGUAUCUAGGACGAACACUCCCUUGCCGAGUCCGAUUCCAGCUGCGACCCCUGAAACAACGAGGCCGGGUACCCCGUCCAAUAUCGAUCUUGGAGCUGCCGCCCUCCCGUCUCCUAGGGGAGGAGGUUCUGCCCUGGGACGCAGACAGGACGAGUCAUUGCUCACAACCAACGGACUGAAGGCUGCCGUGGCCAGGGGGCUCGAUAAGAAUUCCAGUUCAGACACUUCUAGCACAAGAAUUUCAUACGAAUCGAGUCUGUCAUCGCCUCCAAACGGAGCUGAAGGCGAAGGCACAGAGCAGACAGAGAUACCGACUCUCUUUGACAGCUUCGACGCAGCUAUGCAUGCUGCGAGAGCCCGCUCUCAUCUUACGGCCUCGAUGAUGAUAACUAACGACAGAUUUGAUUCUUCUGGCGUGUUUCUUGCAUAUGAGUCUCCUACAAUAUUACUCAGGAAGACUUCCCCCUUUACUUUUUCUCUACCGGCUGCUCUCCACCAGCCGUCUCUUUAA